AUGGCUGCUGGAAAACCUGGGGGUUACAGAGACAACGAAGUUAGGGGCCGCCGUGAGUCUGAUUUGGGGAUGCAGAGGAAUGGAAAUGGGUAUGCAAAAGUGGAACGGGUUCGGAAUGGGGUUCCGGAUUAUGAGAGGGGUCAGGGUCGGGGUCACGCUCGAGAUAGUAUGGAGUAUAGGAGUAAGGUCAGACAGAAGGAUGUAAAGGAAAGGGAGGUGAUAAAUGGUGGGCAUCACUCCAUUUCUAUUCGAAGUGAUUCUGGAAGUAGCGGUGGUGGUGGUCGAAGGAGACAUGGGCUUGAAAUGAGUACCAUAGAUCGAGAGCCCGGGGAGCUUUCUAGUGAUGGGUCUGAUGUGGCUAUUGAUUCGGAAACUCAAGUUAAGGAAGAGCCUGACAGAAAAAAGAUGGAAAUUGCGGAUCAGCCGUCUCCAGUGCAGAACAAGAAGCGGAAGUUUUCGCCAAUUGUCUGGGAUAGAGACAAUAAGGAGGUAAACAGGACGGUUAAAAGUAGGAGCACUGUAGUUGCAACUAAUUUAACCCCAUCACCUGCAUUGUUGAAAUCUUAUCGGCAGUCACUAAGCCCAAAACCCAACCCGGACGAGAAUGCAAGGAUUUCACCUGCAGAUGAUAAUCAGAUUAGAUUAGAAGCGUCGCCUUCUAAACGUGAACUGAGAUCUGAUUUGUCUGAAAUCCCAGCUGAAACAUCUUCUAUGCAAAUUGAAGAUCAGUUGGCCAAAAAGAUGGAAACAGGGUCUCUCGAUGAUGAUGAUUAUGUACCCACAAGAACCAUUAUUUCCUCCAGGUGGGCUAAUGAUGCUGAUUCCCCUGCCGAUGAAGGCGAGAUUUCGGAUUAUGAAGACAAGCAUAAUUUAAAGAGGAAUUCUGGUGGAGAGUCAACUGAUGUGAGAAGAUUCGAUAAAUCAGUAAGUCCUCAAGAUGGAGAGGUCAAAAGAGAAAGCUCCGUGGGGACUGAAGAGAGGUCCAGUAGGUCGGAUGGACGUGUUAGGUCCUCCAGUAGAGAUAGUUAUCAUGAAGAAGAUGACAAUAACGAAUAUAUGGAAAUAGAUGAGGACCGUACUCAUGACAGUGCUAGAGCUAGCCAUUCGGAGACAGAUUCCGAGGAUGAUCGUGGUUCUCGUGGUACCUCGGAGUCCCCACAACCCCAACAAAGGAGUGUUAAUAUGCUUCAAGGUUGCAGAAGCGUCGAUGAGUUUGAGAGACUCAACAAGAUAGAUGAAGGAACAUACGGGGUUGUCUAUAGGGCCAAGGAUAAGAGGACUGGAGAAAUUGUUGCUCUGAAGAAGGUUAAGAUGGAUAAGGAGAGAGAAGGGUUUCCAUUGACUUCACUGCGGGAGAUAAACAUCCUUUUAUCUUUCGAUCACCCUUCCAUUGUGGAUGUCAAAGAAGUAGUUGUGGGGAGCAAUCUUGACAGCAUUUUUAUGGUCAUGGAGUACAUGGAACACGAUCUUAAGGCAUUGAUGGAGACCAUGAAGCAGCCAUUUAGCCAAAGUGAAGUUAAAUGUCUCAUGCUCCAACUUUUGAGUGGUGUCGAGUACCUCCAUGACAAUUGGGUGCUUCACAGGGAUUUGAAAACGUCAAAUUUACUUUUGAAUAAUUGUGGUGAAUUGAAGAUCUGUGACUUUGGUCUGGCUCGUCAAUAUGGUAGCCCCCUAAAACCAUAUACUCAUCUGGUGGUUACUCUGUGGUACAGGGCGCCAGAACUUCUUUUGGGAGCAAAGCAAUAUUCUACAGCAAUUGACAUGUGGUCCUUGGGGUGUAUCAUGGCUGAGCUAUUAUCAAAAGAACCGCUCUUCAAUGGGAAGACAGAGUUUGAUCAGCUGGACAAGAUAUUUAAGAUCCUGGGAACCCCCAAUGAGACUAUUUGGCCUGGGUAUUCUAAACUCCCUGGUGUUAAGGUGAACUUCGUCAAGCAUCAGUACAACCUAUUGCGUAGGAAGUUUCCACCAACUUCUUUUACUGGAUCGCCUGUGCUGUCUGAUGCUGGGUUCGACCUCUUGAACAAGCUUCUAACUUAUGACCCUCAAAAGCGGAUAACUGCCAAAGAGGCUCUCAACCAUGAAUGGUUCCGCGAAGUUCCACUUCCCAAAUCAAAGGAGUUUAUGCCUACUUUUCCUGCACAUCAUGCGCAAGAUAGGCGAAUGAGAAGAGUAAUGAAGAGUCCUGACCCAUUAGAAGAGCAACGGGUCAAGGAGCUGCAGCAAGGAGAAUUUGGCACUGGUGGUCUUUUUGGCCAGUAG